GUCAAAUAAUCUUUUUUCAGUUUUUAGGGAAAGCUAAAAAAAAGUAGAAUUUUGCUGUAUUGAUGAAUAAGGACUGUAGGAUGUUGGACUAUUGUCAAAGUGUUCGCAGCCAUUCAAUUGUUAAAUUCGAAAUACAGUAUGCAAGGUCUACGAGCAGCUUCAGCUAAAGAAGGGAGUAUAUUUAGCGUACUCUAAGGGAAAUUAUCAGUGACAGUUAUCUAUGUGGUAGGCCAGAUCAGUUGUUUAAAAUACUAAAAUAGUCUGUUCCUGGGAAUGAUAUUUUAUCUGUUUAUUCCCCCAAUACCCUGAUACUGCACUCUCACAUCUGUGUGCAGGUGUAGGCCCUAUGCAGUGGUGGGAUUCAAUUUUUUUGUCAGCCGGUUCCUUUACACAAGUCCGUUUUGUUACAAACAGAACAUUGACAGUAACCAGUAAUGUUAACCGGUUUGCUGAUCUCAUAAACUUCCGUGAGACGGUUCUAUAGAACCGGCUGAAUCCCACCACUGGGUGUAUGAGGCUGUUUGCUAAACAUCUCCUCUAAUUUUUAGUGAUUUCAAAUUUUUAUCAAAUAAUCUUUAACUCAGUUAUAUUUUUAUUAUUUACACUUACUUAUAUUACUAGGUUUUAGUGAAAGAGCCAGGAAUGCAUUCUAUUACAGUAUUGUGAUGAUCUUUGAUUCGGCUAAGUAGUGUCAAAGAAGCAACUAAAAUUGAACCAACAAUUUUCUCGGGCUCACGAAAAUGAUUGCUACAAUUUUGAUCUUACUAUUCCUUAGAGGUUAUAAAUUCUGAUUGAGAACACUAAUAUACCGAUUCUUUAUCUAAUAUUAUUUGAUCUUUUGCUUUUAUAGCUUCAGUUUACCUAGAGCCUGUAAUUUCAGUUUUACUUUCAAAAAACCAAAAAAAAUCAUGAGUCACAUAGAUCCAGGCCCGCUUGCUACCUAUGAAAGUCUAGCAGACCCUCAUCUGACUGGGUACUUCAAUAAUUCUCGAAUGAGAAGACAUUUGAGAAAAAUGGGUCUGAUAACUAGUAGAGGUAACAUUGUAUCAGAAAAGGUUUUUCGUCUGAACAAUGCUCGAAAAGAACACCAGAGGCAUAUUCGGGAUGUGUUGGCUCAAGCUAUAAUACAUAAGGCUCUUGAUAUGGAAAGACACAGACAGAUGCAUAUUAAAAAGCAGCUUGAAGAUAUUGGAAAAAUUGAACGAGUACGCAGGGUCCGUUCAGAAAGAUCUCUUCGAGGUGAUGAAGAUUUGUUGCCACUACUUUCUCCAAGAAUGAAGCACAGCAAAGAUAAAAAGCAUGGCAGGAAAUCGAAAAGCAGGGAGAAAGUACCAAUUUUACAGACAGUAACGGAUAGCGAUGAUUAUCAACAACAACCACCUCAAAGUGUGGGUUACCCAGCUAUUCCGUCGGAUACACCUUACAACACUCGUACUGACCGAAUGAAAACUCAAUAUCCAGAAGUUGAAGUUGACAAUCAACAUCUAUAUGAGUUAGACAGGGAUGCUUUGCGCUCUUUCACUCUCAAUUUAUCGCAGUUUGAUCUUGGUAGUGGUGUGAGCCCAUAUUCUGUUCCUCCACUGGAGAAAACUGUCAAAAAGAAAGAAAGAAGGCGACCAGCAACAGCCACAGGUGCAAGUGCUCGAGUAAGCAUAAAAGCACCUCGUCCAAGAUCCAAUGCUAGAUCACUGAAAUUGCAUCGCAGAGAGCCACCAAUGAUGCAUAGAGCACAACUUCAUACUUUGGCCCGUGUUACUUUCAAAUAUUUGGGUCAGAUGGUUCACUUGGAUCAUGAGGAAGAAGAUCCCAGAGAUGAAGUUGUUGUGAUGCAACAACACUGUGGAGGAGAAAAUCUGCGUAUUUUCAAAGGCAUGUUAAUGAAGGGAGAUAGAUUUGUUGUCAUUUCACGUAGACAUCGUACAUUCCCAUUUAGCUUGACAUUUUAUCUCAACGGAGUUCAAGUGGAAAGAUUGAGCACUUGUUGUGAGUACAAACACAAGCUUGGCCACAAGUUGGGUGCAAAAUCCAGUCAUUUUGGUAUUGUCAAAGUCGACGGUUCUCAAGCUUGCUUCAAAUGCUUGAUAGCUCAAGGAAAGUUGAAAACAAGGCCAGAUCCUACUCCUCCUCCAACAGGGAAACCCAGCAAGCCAACAAGAACCAAGAGGAGACCAGCCAAAAGGCUACAUGGAGUAGAUGAGCAGAAGCCAGAAGAGUAUGCUGAUGACUUCCAAACAUCAUCAAAAUCUUCAACAUCUGAGGAUGUUCAGACAGAUGGUCCCAAAAUGGCCUCAGAUGAAUCAUCUUCUGAAUUAUCAGACACAGAAUCGGAGAGUACAAUAAGUGAUGUAAGUGAUUCGGAAAAUGAAGAUGCAAACCAACGUUCAGAAUCUGAGAGUAGAUUGUCAUCGAAACCUGGUGAAGAUGAUUCAUACUCAUCUGAUAGUAGUAGUGAAGAUUCUCAAAAGAGAAGUAAACAAACAAAAAAGACCAUGAAGAAAAGUCCACCGCCUGCAAAAACAUCAAAAAGCCCAACUCCAGCUAAACAGGAUCCACCACCACAGAGGAAGCAUGUUAGAAGCCCAGUAGAAAAGGAAAGAGCAACAAGUCCCAUAGAAAAAACAAGAACCCCAUCACCAGUACAAAAUGUCACUAAAUCUGAGCAACCAUCUAUUCAGAAAGUUAACAAAAGCCCACCUCCCUCGUCAACUUCAGGAAAAGAUGAUGUAGGGGGAACUUCUGCAUCAGAGUCUUUGUCAAGUAUGUCAAGCACUGAUUCUGGAGAUACUGUUGAAGAGGCAAUCAAACCAGAAACAGGGAAAACAAAAGAACCACAAAGGAAAACUCCUGAUGGCAAUAAAAAUAACAACAAUAGUAGCGAAAUAAAAACAGGGACGGACGAAAAGCCCUCAACUACUGAUGAUCAUUUGAAUGGUACUGAACCUGUGGAUGUUCAAAGAUCUAAAACACCUGUACCAGCAUCUGAAUCAAGCUCUAGUAGUGAUUCUGAUAGUAGCGAAGCUGAGAGUUUUAAAAGCAAGUCUAGUGAUGAUGAAAAGGGUUCAAAAGAUGCAGAUCAGAAAGAAAAAAUUAAUGCAUCCAUUUUACCCCUUGUUCGAGGAAAAGUUGCUGCUGAUCUCAGUGGCAAGCAAAUAACAAAAUAUCAGAUUGAAGAACUAACUGAGUUUCUGGAUAAAGAUCCAUCGGCUCUCGGUAUACAACAAAUGUCACUGAAAGGCUGUGAUGUUGGAAAUGAAGGAGGAAAAGCGAUACUAAAAUCAUUACUCAAAGCCAAGUCUCUGAAAAGCCUUGACAUGAGCGGGAACAAUAUUACACAAGACUCUGUUGAGUUGCUACUUGAUGUGUGCCAGAAAAAUCCAGUUGAUCAUUUGUCUGUCGCUAACAAUCCUCUGGGUGACCAUGGGUGUGAAGAACUGAUUAGCGGAUUUACAAGGUCCCAAGCAAAUGUCGUCACAGCUCAAAUUCAGAAAAGAGUUUCUCAAAGUCUAAUUUCCUCAGUUUUAAAAGAUUCUCGAAAGGAACUCGGUGAUGAAAGUGGCGCUGGUAUGUCCAGUUCUUCAAGCAUGUCAAGCUUGGCUUCAACAGCUGUAACAGAAACAGUUUUUCUACAAGAUUUGGAUAUUUCCAAUACCAAGGCAGGACAUGGUACUUUUGUUAGUCUUGGCUCGUACUUAGCACUGAAUCCUAAAGUAACAACACUUAAUUUGAGUGGAAACUCGAUAAGUACAACAGCUUUGGAAUCCCUGAUAAACUCUUUAGGAGAUGGCAGCAAUAAAAAUCUCCGAAUUUUGCGCAUGAACAGCACAACAAUGGACAACAGACAUGCUGAAUUAAUAGCAGAAAAACUCACCGACAAAUGUCGAUUAUUAGAACUUAGUGUAAAAGGCAAUAGAAUAACCAAAGAAGGAAUUGAGAAACUUGAAGAAUAUAAAAGAAAAAACAAUUCCCUAGAAACAUUGAUUCUUGAGUGAAAAUUAUGUUACUGUUAGCAGGGUUUAAUUACCCAUUAUUCAGAUAACAAAACUGAUGUUCAGUACUGAAGCAUGUUGGUGAAUGUAUAAAUAUUCUGUGAAAUUUUGAAGCAAAAUCAUUGGAAUAGCUGUGUUUUUACUUCUGUUCUUUUGGGAAAAAAGAUUGUUUGUGAACCGUGUUCUGGCAAAAUCUCAUAAAUAUUCGUUAUCUCAUACAAUAAGAUCAUGCCAUUUCUAAGCAUCUUUCUGGGUAUUUUUGUGUCAAAUAAUCCAAAACAUAGAUGAAAAGGCAGUUAUUCGGAAGAUAUUUCAGAAUCCUCAAUUUUGAAGUUGAAACUGGUAUUGGUGAUCGCUUCGAGUUUUUGUCCACAUGCUGCAGCAUUUUUGAAUUGUAAAUAUAUUGUACAUAGAAUAAUGUAAAUAUCAAAUAGAUUUUAUGUUUUUUCUUCAUUUUUGCUUAUUUUUAAUGUAGUAUCACUGUUUUAGCUUGUGUUCUUCAUUCAAUUGCACAUUAAUUUUUACAAUAAUGAUAUUUCUGUUUAUUUUCCAGUACAGGUUUUUGCUGCAUUUUGUCAUCACUGGCAUCAAUUUUAUGUAUAUUAGUAUAAGGUAGUCUUCUCUGAUUACGUUAUUACAUUUUUCUAUUUUAUGAGGGAAAAUAUUUGUUAAAUAUUAAUAAUGAUAAUCUUUUUGAAUACAAAAACAUGUGUUACGAAAGCUGAGCUAUUGGUUACUUUCAACAUGAUAGUACACCUAGCACCAUAGCUUAUCCUCUUUGUUUGUUGAUUUGAUUGUCACAGGUCACGAAUAAUAAAUUCAUAUCUUCGUUCCUACAUAAAUAUUGUUUGCAGACAUUGUCUAGCGACCUUUAUAUUGUUUGCUCCUUCAUUGAUGUUUCAAUCUUAGAAGACCACAAGAAUAUGCUUGUACCAUAGAUAAUGAUUUUCUAACAGUUUAUUUUCCCUCAUUUCUCUUGCUUGGCUCAACAUAAUCAUUGUGAUUGCACUAUUUUUAUCCCAAAGAUCGUUAGAUGGUGUAAUAUAAGUUUGGUGUGUAAUUUCUUCAAGUGUCUUCCUGAGAUUUUGAUGAUGGUAAUAAAAAUAGAAGACGUACCUAUUGUUACAUCUUAGAUGUGUUUUAUUACCAAUUCUAGUAUGAUUGAUUACAGUAUGAAUAUUUUAUAAUUUACGCUCCUAUCUAUUUUUCGAAACGAAGCAUUCAAAACAGAAGAAUAAUAUAAUGCCUCCUGCUGUACGAUCUUCUAUCUAAUAAUAAUCAUUUCUUUCAAAUCACCUUCAUGUUCGAGCAAAAUUUGUUUAAAACCUCCCGAUUUUUAUGUAGCAUGUACCUUCUAUAUUUAUCAGGGUACAUUCAACCAACUUUUGUCCAAAAUUGUCUAAGCAACUGUGGAACUUCACUUCAUGUUUUAGUACAUUAUCAUAGUGAUGAGCUUGUUAUAGUGUUUUGUUUAUACAUUUGUAAUUUUAACUUGCAUAUGAGUGGCAAAUACUUGCAGAUAUUUGUAGUUACGGUAGUUUUCAAGAUAUUGUUUUUUAUAUUGUUUACCAUAAUUUAUAAUCGCUUUAAUGUAAAACUUUAUCCCCAUUAAUUUGUCAUUAGCUCUGUUCAGGAAUGAAAAAAUUUAGCAACAGUAGUUGGUCUAUAUUUCUGAAUAAAUAUGGAUUCAUCAAUUUGACAUUUAUGUCUUAAAAGCUAGGUCGAUGCCUGUAUGAUGUUUAGUUGUCUUCAUAUUUUUUAAACCUAAUCAAAAAUCGGAUUCAAAUUUUUCUUUGUUUGGUUCUGUUAGUAUGCUACUUUAGAAUAUUGUAGAGGAACACGCCACCCCAUAUCAUUAAUCUUCAAGUCUGUUUUAAUAUGAUUUAUAACACUGUGUUGUUGCAUUUGCAUUGCAAUUAUUCGAAUCAAAUAUUAUAUUUUCUUUAAAUCCUGGUCAGAGGAUUUCCUGAUUUAUGCUUUACUGUUCAUUGCCUAUCUACGGCUCAUAUCUAUAGGUCAUAACCAAAUUGAUUAACAUUACAAAUAAGUCUAAAAUAUUAUUUUUGUUGAUCAUGAUGAUUAUCUCUGUAUUAUGUUUGAAUGAUGUUUAUAUUCAACGUCUUAUCUUAGAGAAUAAAUGUUUGAAUUAUUG